AUGUUCAACUUCAGAACGAUGCAGAAGCGGGAUGCUACCGCACUACCGACCGAGGACGAUCCGUUUCGAGCCGCAUCUGUCGGGCAGGACCGUGCUGCACCAGCAUCCUAUGCGGCAAACGGCAGCGCAGAGGCUCCCUCAUCCCCGGUGCUGCAGGAAGCAAGCUCAUCCACCAACAGACUGCCUCACCUGACCAAUUCAUCGUCAGCUGCCAGCUCAAGCUCGGACAGCGGAUCGGGCUCAUUCCUAUCCAACUUGAUCGCCGACAAUCCCAUCUUCUCGGGCGGUCUGGGCCUGAUGGUGUUCGGAGGUGCCGUCGCGAUGGCACGAAGAGGUGUCAAGGUCGCAGCUUCCACAGCACAAAGGAGGUUGCUCAUAUCGCUCGAGAUCCCGUCGAAAGAUCGCGCGCAUCCGUGGUUUCUGCACUGGAUGGCGGCCCAAGCGCGAGCGCAGUCGAUGAGGGAGCGUGGGUUGCUGGGCAAGCAGAAGAAGGAAGGGUUCAUCGACUUUCUCGGGCUACGCGAUCGUUCAGCAGAUCGAUCCUCGAUUCAGAGCAGUAAAGACAAGGUCGACGACCCAUUGGCGAUCGCAUCGAGCGGCUCUUCCGUGUAUCCCGUGCGCAUCCUCAGUCACGAACUGUCCGUUGAGACCAACUACACACCCCACGCCUCGGCGUCGACGCCCAACGCAGACGCCGCCGAACGUGGGCAGGCUCGCUUUUCCUUGGUGCCUGGUCCGGGGACGCACUGGUUCCGAUACCGCGGUGUGUGGAUGCGACUGACGCGCGAACGAGAUGGAAAGAUGGUCGAUCUGUCUACCGGUGCGCCGUGGGAGACGGUGACGUUGACGACACUGUUUGCGUACGCGCACCUAUUUCCUCAGCUUCUAGACGAGGCGCGACAAUUGGCACUUUCGUCAACGGAAGGCAAAACGGUCAUUUAUACGAGCUGGGGUCCGGAAUGGAGACCAUUUGGGCAGCCAAGGCGCACACGCGAGCUCGGUAGCGUCGUGCUUGGGAAGGGAAAGAAGGAGGCUAUCGUCAGCGACGUCAAUCGCUUCCUGAAACGCGAUCGGUGGUACGCAGAACGCGGCAUUCCAUACCGAAGAGGCUACCUCCUUCACGGAGCACCGGGCAGCGGAAAGUCUUCGUUCAUCACCGCCCUAGCUGGGCACUUGGAUUUCAACAUUUGCCUGCUCAAUCUCUCGGAAAGAGGACUCACCGACGACAAGCUCAAUCAUCUGCUCUCCAACGCACCGGAUCGCUCGAUCUUGCUGCUCGAAGACGUGGAUGCUGCUUUCUUGGGGCGACAGCAGGCGGCUGAGGACGGGUACCAGGCGUCGGUCACAUUUUCAGGCCUGCUGAAUGCGCUCGACGGUGUAGCGAGUGGAGAGAGUCGUAUCAUCUUUAUGACAACCAAUCAUAUCGAGAAGCUGGAUCCUGCUCUGAUUCGACCGGGCAGGGUCGAUCUCAUCGCCGAGCUAGGGGAUGCAGAGCGGGAGCAGGUGGAGGAGCUCAUGACUCGCUUCUACCGCACGACGAUGCGCGAGCACAGGAUCAAGCAAGCCGAGCUGCCAUCCUCGGUUGUCGAAGCAUCGAAGCCUCUCCUGGCAGCAGCGGCCGGGUCCGUGGACUUUGCAUCAGUAGCCACAUCUUACCAGAGCUUUGAAGUCGUCCCUGGUCUGCGAGAAGCUGUCGAGGAAGCGGAUGCGAAACUACAUCUGCUUGCGGCUGAGUUCGGUCGCAUUGUCGAAGCAGAGGCGGUGGCGCGUCGCGCACUUCUCGGUUUGGGUCCUGACGGAAGACGGUCGCGCGAUGUCGGAGCAUCCGAGCGAGCAGAUAGUCGACCGGCACCGGCUGCUAGCGGCGGAGUUAGCAUGGCUGAGAUACAGGGUCUGUUCAUUCGCUUCCCUGACGGUCCUCGCGCUGCUGUUGAAGCAUUCAUCAACGAGAGUGCUACCAGAAAUCGUCACACUGCCAGCGCUUAG